AUUAUGAAUGAAGCGACACGACACAUGUGAGAAAAGCUCAAUAAUACAUGAGAAUUAUAGAGCAACAAAACACAACACUGCUUUACAACUAUCAAAUACUAGUGUCGCCAAACCAUCAUAAUAGAGAUACAACUCAACAAAUGUCCUCUUGAUUAUAAUCAGAAUUAUAUAUUAUUAUAUGAUACAAUACCUAUCAAGUUUUGUUUUUGGUUGUAAUCAAAUUAUUUCUAGGACGAAAUGAUUGUCCCUACAAAGCAAUUGGUAAGGAUAUGGUAAGAGGCACAAUCUCUCUUUAUACACAAAGGAAGGACUCAUGGGAUUGGAUAAGCUCUUUCUGGGUCCCUAAUUCCUCAUUUCAUUUUCAGAGAAAGAAGUUUCCAAAACCAACAUUUAGUGAUCUCUAUAUAUUAUAUUCCUAUUCCCCACUAAGUAUCAUCAAAGCUAUAUAUAAACACCACUUUGAAUCACCCAAGGCAAUAAACCAAACCAAAACUUCCUAAGAAAAAAAAACAGAGAGAUUUUUUUUCUCUUUCUAAAGCUUUUUUAUAGAGUAAAGAUGUUUUCAGAGCACUUACCUUCUUCUUCAUCUCAAGUUUUCCAAGAACACUUCAUCGACAGUUUCGUCUCCAGAAAAUUGCUUCAGCAGAUCCCAUUUGCCCACAACGCUCAACAAGCUCAUGUACCUGAUAAGAACAACUUGAGCGGCAAUGUUCUCAUGCUGCUCUCUAUCCUUUUGUGCGGUAUCAUCUGCUCCCUCGGGUUGCAUUACAUAAUACGUUGUGCAUUUAUACGUUCUCGAAGUUUCAUGAUCUCUGAUCCCAUCUCUAUCCCAUCCACACCAAGAGAUUCAUCAGUAAACAAAGGGAUCAAGAAGAAAGCUCUCAAGAUGUUACCAGUUGUGAAUUACUCACCUGAAAUUAACCUGCCAGGGGUCGGUGAAGAGUGUGUCAUCUGCUUGUCUGAUUUUGUUGCUGGAGAACAGCUACGUGUACUUCCCAAGUGCAACCAUGGAUUCCACCUUCGCUGCAUCGACAAAUGGCUUACGCAACAUAUGACUUGUCCGAAAUGCAGACACUGUCUGGUUGAUACAUGCCAAAAAGUCUUAAGUGACUGCGAUGCAGCUGAUCAAGUGGCAGCGACAGCAACGGAGAGCAUAGAUAUCAGAAUUUCUCCUCUAGAACCUGAAGCAAGAGUAGCCACUUUUAGAGAAAGCAGCUAGAGUAUGCCAACAAAACAAUCAUAAUUUCAAAUUUUGGCUCUCCAGCAAGAUUAUAGUUUCUUUAUGUCACUAGCCAUAGGAUGUCAAAAUCAAACACAGCAGAGUUUUUUUUUUGCCUUUUGUUUUUCUCAAAGAGUACAGAACAUAUACCUUAAGCUUUCUGUGGCAUCAUACGUUCAUCAGAAUUAUCUGAAUCUCUACUUCUUUGC